GUGGGCACUGGGCGGCUGAAGGCUCCGGAACUGCGCCUGCGCUUUUCGGUGAGUCAUGCUUCAGGUUUGCCAGAGCCUGUGUCCCGCAAAAAGGCGAGCCCUUGUUCCCAGCGGAAGCCCACCCCGGCUCGCGGCAGCUUUCCGGUGCGCCCUGGGCGGCGUAGGUCCGAAGGAGUAUCGUGAGGAUUGAGAUGACUGGAGUGUGUAUGGCCUGGAGAGUUGCUCAAUAAAUAUAUGUUGCCUUCCACUGUGAAGAGAGUCUCGCUCUGUCGCCAGGUUGGAGUGCAGUGGCAUGAUCUCGGCUCACCGCAAACUCUGCCUCCCGGGUUCAAGCAAUUCUCCUGCCUCAGCCUUCCGAGUAGCUGGGACUACAGCUGUAAAGAUGUCUGACAAGAACCAGAUAGCUGCCAGAGCUUCUCUUAUUGAGCAACUGAUGUCCAAAAGGAAUUUUGAGGAUCUUGGCAACCACCUUACUGAGCUAGAAACAAUUUAUGUGACUAAGGAGCAUCUCCAGGAGACAGAUGUGGUCAGAGCUGUGUACAGAGUCCUCAAAAACUGCCCCUCUGUGGCUUUGAAAAAGAAAGCCAAGUGUUUGCUAUCAAAGUGGAAAGCUGUUUAUAAACAGACUCACUCCAAAGAGAGGAACAGCCCUAAAUUAUUUCCUGUGAGGGGUAAUAAAGAAGAAAAUUCAGGACCUUCUCAUGACCCAAGUCAGAAUGAGACACUGGGCAUCUGCAGCUCGAAUUCUCUGUCUUCCCAAGAUGUUGCAAAACUCAGUGAAAUGAUUGUGCCUGAAAAUAGAGCCAUUCAAUUGAAACCUAAGGAAGAGCAUUUUGGGGAUGGUGACCCUGAAUCCACUGGCAAGAGAUCGAGUGAGUUGCUGGAUCCCACAACACCCAUGAGAACUAAAUGCAUAGAGCUUCUUUACGCAGCUUUAACUAGUUCUUCCACAGAUCAACCCAAAGCUGAUUUGUGGCAAAACUUUGCAAGAGAAAUUGAAGAGCAUGUUUUUACCCUUUAUUCAAAGAACAUCAAAAAAUAUAAAACUUGCAUCAGAAGCAAAGUUGCCAAUUUGAAGAACCCCAAAAAUUGUCAUUUACAACAAAACUUGCUCUCUGGGACCACGUCUCCACGAGAAUUUGCUGAAAUGACUGUCAUGGAGAUGGCAAAUAAGGAACUGAAGCAGUUGAGAGCCUCCUACACGGAAUCUUGUAUCCAGGAACAUUACCUUCCCCAAGUAAUUGAUGGCACACAGACAAAUAAAAUAAAAUGCAGACGCUGUGAGAAAUACAAUUGCAAAGUCACUGUAAUUGACAGAGGAACACUUUUCCUUCCCAGCUGGGUGCGGAAUUCAAACCCAGAUGAACAAAUGAUGACUUAUGUAAUUUGUAACGAAUGUGGGGAGCAGUGGUACCAUAGCAAGUGGGUGUGCUUGUAACUGUAAAUCAGUGUUCUCUUAACAGAUAACCGGAGUAAUACCUUUUAUUUGUACAACCCUUUUGUGCUUUUAAAAAUCUUAUACACACUACUCUCUAAAACAGAAAAAGGAGGAAAGAAAGUUGUUAGCUGAAGCUGACACCACCAUCCCUAAAAGUUACAUUUUGGGGAGAGGGAGUGGAUGACUAUUUAUAUUGUGCCUUGUGGCCAUUUAGUACCUUACUGUAAACAGAGUGUGGGUGAGAACAGCCCAGCAUAAACUGGGAGACUGUGGGAAAUGCAUUCCCAGGCCUCACACCAUUGAAUCCGAAUCUGCAUUUUGACAGGAUCCCCAGGUAAUCUUCCAAGAUAGGAUAGUUUGAGAAGUGCUACUUUAGCAAUAGGCCUCUGGCUCUCAGCAGUGGCUGCAUAUUAAAAUCAUCUGGGAAGCUUUGAAAACCCACUGGUGCUGAGACCCCACCCUAGAACAAUUCAGUUGGAACCUAUGAGAUGGAACCCAGGCAUCAACAUUUCUUUUUUCAUUCCUCAAGUUAUUUUAAGAUGCAGUCAGAGUUGAGAACUACUCAGAAAUAGGCUCUCAUUUGAUCCUUUUUACAGCUCUAAGACAAGAAUGUUAUUCCAGGCACUUCACGAAUGAGGAAACAGGUCCACAGAGGUGUGGUGACAUGUCCAAGUGACACAACCAUAAAUAGUACCAAUUGUGACAGAUCCCAGAUUUUCUCCCUCCUGACUCACUGAGACUGGCUCAAUAUCGACUUCUGAGAAAUGUAUUCCUGGAGGUCGGGGACAAAAUGAAGAAUGUGUUUAAACUCCAACAUUGGGUGACUAGAUCUUCCUUCUUUUCCCCUCUCUUUUCUCAUUUAUAGGUCUCCCUUCAACCACAGAAGUCACCCUGGAACUCAUCCCGCAGUUAGAAUUUUGUUUGGAGCCCUCUUGCUUAGUUGAAGGAGUUUCGUAGUUGUUUUUUGUUUUUGUUUGUGUUUUUUCCCCCUGUGAACAGGUUUUUCGGGGGUAUGUAAACUCUAGGAUGUUUAGUUUCUGAUGUCAGGAGUCUUCAUGUUCUCAAGGACAAGUGUCCUUGAGAUGGACAUUAAUGGUCAUUAGUCUGUCAGAGGAAGCCCAUCACCUUAGCCUUUGAAUGUAGUAACAGACGUUUAUCUAAUAAAUGAAUUGAAGAUGAAAUUACCUCUUUGAGGCCUUUGCAAACAGUGUUUAACCAGUUUAUAUAAUUGUUUGAAUACAACACGCCUUCUAUGUGAUUAUGGCUGAUUUUUUUUCCUUAAAAAACUCAUGGAAUGUUCACCGUUUUAUAGUUUUAAAAAGUUUACUUUGGCGGUCUCUACAAACCUACCAUUUCACUUUCUCACCAGUUCUUUUCUCCUAACUCUCUUCCUUUGUUGGAGCUCUGAAGGCCUAACUGUGUGUACACUUUACCUGCCUGACACAAUUCUCCGAAACAUGCAUAAAAGUAAAAUAUGUUCGUAUUUUUAAAUAAUUUGGAAGAGUCGGCUCAAUGCCAUCAAGUGUGAAAUCUAUUUUGAUAUACUUGCUCCCCGUGUCUUCCCAGGGCUGCUUUUUAUGAUGCAACAUGUUUAGUCCUUAACUUGCAAGGUCAUCUAAAACUUAAAGUUUCACAAAGUGUGGUUUCAUAUGACUUGGAAUAAUCUGAAAAACUAUUCAGUGGUUACGAAAGAGCACAGCACAUAAAAACCAAAUUUGAUUAGUUCAAGUUGGUGUUUAUGUUUUGCUUUGGGGGUUUGUGUGUAUGUGUGUAGUUUUUAUUUAUAUUGGAAUUUGGUAAACUAAAUGUUCAGACAAAUAAAAGUAAUUAAAAUGGAAA